ACCGGGGCUAGUUGGCUACAGGGGUAAGUUGGCACAGUGCUAAUAGUUCGAAUAAUUACCGACAGAUAGCAUAACGCUCUUGUAUGUAGGAUCACACAGACCAGGUCCCUAGAUCCUGUUGUUUUCCGCCGCGAGUCUUCACUAUUACAAACAGGAGACCAUUUUCUUUACUUCUACGUUUGGUGAGUAAAAAUUUUGUCUUACAAAGACUUGGAUAUAACUUUUAUAAUAAAUUAUAUAUUUUUAAAACAAUAUUUGUGUAUAACAUUAUAACGUGCUAGUUUUAAGAAGCAAUUACUAAAAUAAUGUAAAUAUAUUCCAAUUCUUUCGUUCACUCAAGUAAGUUUUAAAAGUUGCUGUGGGGCUAGUUGGCACAUAGAUGGCGGGGCAUGUUGGCACAUGUGCCAACAUGCCCCGGACACUUUCUCGCGAUUCUAGAUCUUCCAAAACGAAACGCAUUGUUAUGAGUAAAAGGUAUAAGCUAGCACUGGAAUGAAAUAGCAUAUUUUUUUGAAAUUCAAACCAUUACAUACAUUAUUACAAGUAGGAAAGACAACAAAAUAUUAUAGUUUUAUUAAUUGGAUAUCAUUUUUUAUUUUAGGCUUCAACAUGCGCACCUACAAAAGAACAAGUAAUAGAUGCCAGACUUCCCAAGACGUUGUUUUAACAGCAGUAAAGAAAGUUAAACUCGAAGGGAAGUCCAUCAGAAGCGUAGCAAAGGAUUUUGGAAUUCCAUUUCGCUCUUUGGCUCGAUAUUGUAGCAAAGUAACUGAAGAAAAACUUAUUGCUCCACAAGAUACCCCACCUCUUACAAUUGGCUACAAGAAACUGAGACAGGUUUUUACAAACGAACAAGAGAAUGAGUUUGCUGAUUAUUUGAAGAAAGCAGCUGAUAUUUAUUAUGGAUUGUCACCAAAGGAAGUCAGGAAAUUCGCAUUUGAAUAUGCAGUGAGACUUAAGGUAAGGUUUCCUUCUUCUUGGGCUGACUGUGAAAUGGCAGGUGCGGAUUGGUUUUCUGCAUUUUUAAAACGGCAUCCUACACUUUCUAUAAGAACACCUGAAGCGACCAGUCUUUCAAGGGCUACGUGUUUCAAUCGCACUAAUGUGAAAGCAUUUUUCGACAAUUUGAAAGACGUUAUGAAUAGAUUGAAAAUUGGGCCUGGAGAUGUGUGGAACAUGGACGAGACUGGUAUCACUACAGUGCAAAGACCAGACAGAGUAGUUGCACGGAAAGGUUUUAAGCAAGUAGGUAAAAUUACUUCUGCCGAAAGAGGAACUCUAGUUACUGUAGCUGUUGCAGUAUCUGCGACAGGAAAUCAUGUGCCACCAUAUUUUGUUUUCCCUCGCGUCAAUUUUCGUGAAUAUUUUCUGAAAGGAGCGCCUAUAGGUAGUUCUGGAGAUGCAAAUGCUACCGGCUGGAUGAAGGAAGCAAAUUUCGUCAAAUUUGCACAUCACUUCGUAACAAAUGUUAAGUGUUCCAAAGAAAACCCAUGUCUGUUGCUACUUGACAAUCACGACUCACAUCUUUCAAUUGAAGCAUUGGACUACCUUAAAGAUAAGGGGGUCACUGUCCUUUCUUUCCCUCCACACUGCAGCCAUAAACUGCAACCAUUAGACCGGAGUGUAUUUGGCCCUUUAAAGAAAUUUGUGAACAGUGCCUGUGAUUCUUGGCUGGUGAACCAUCCUGGGAAAACAAUGACUAUUUAUGACAUACCUGAAGUUGUAAAUGCUGCUUUUUCUAGUGCGGUUACGCCGAGAAAUAUUUUAUCUGGUUUCAGAGUAAGUGGGGUAUCACCUUUCAACCCUGAUGUCUUUAAGGAUACAGAUUAUCUUGGUUGUUACACAUGUACCUGA